AUGGAUUACUCAGUCUGCCUACUUUUACUCCUGUCAACCAUUUCGUCUGUGUCGACCGGACAAUUUCCAACAGCGAAGAUGAUAAAGGAGUGGGUGGAUCAGAUGCAAAAAGACUUGAUCACAUUAACAGACACAGCCAGUGGCUUGGAAAACCUAGUACAGAUAUACAAAAAACACAGAAAUCACUUCAGUGUGGAGCACAACAACGCAACGGCACUGGUGGCAACGGCUGCAGGAAACAUAGAGAAGCUGCUGGCAAACCGCUCCCAAGCCCUGAAGAGGCUGGCCACAGAAGCAGAAAGGUUUCAAAUGGAGCACGUGUGGAGGGACGACAGUGAGUCUGACAAAAUUGUUUACUACAACGCCAAAGAUGAUCUUAAUCAGACAGAGAAGAAGAACCGCUAUGUUCCAGAUGAUUUCCAAAUAGACCCUGACUUCAGACGACUCGUCUCCUACAACACCAGUGCUGUCCACAUCCCCACAGACAUAUAUGAAGGCUCGACCAUCAUUUUGAAUGAACUAAAUUGGACAGAGGCCUUGGAGGAUGUUUUCCGGAAAAACAAAGAGGAAGAUCCCUCACUCCUCUGGCAGGUGUUUGGCUCUGCUACCGGAUUGGCUCGAUACUACCCAGCAUCCCCAUGGAUAGACGCAAGCACCUCAUCCGAUAAGAUCGACCUCUAUGAUGUGCGCAGACGACCAUGGUACAUUCAGGGGGCGGCAUCACCCAAGGACAUGCUGAUCCUGGUGGAUGCGAGUGGCAGCGUAUCAGGUCUCACCCUCAGACUGAUCCGAACAUCCGUCAACAAGAUGCUGGAGACCCUCUCUGAUGAUGACUAUGUGAACGUGGUCUAUUUUAAUGACAAGGCCACAAAAGCAGCAUGCUUUGAGAACCUGGUGCAGGCCAACGUGAGGAACAAGAGGAUUCUGAAAGAUGCUGUGCAGAACAUCACCGCUAAGGGCAUUACCAACUACAGAGGCGGCUUUGAGCUAGCCUUCAAGCAGCUUGCACAGGUGAAUGUGUCAAGGGCCAAUUGUAACAAGAUUAUCAUGCUCUUUACUGAUGGAGGAGAGGAGAGGGCAGAGGAGAUCUUUAAACAAUACAACCCCAAACAAGCGGUACGGAUCUUUACAUUUUCUGUUGGUCAACACAACUAUGACAAAGGACCAAUACAGUGGAUGGCCUGCACAAAUAAAGGAUACUACUAUGAGAUCCCAUCUAUAGGUGCCAUCAGGCUAAACACUCAGGAGUACCUGGAUGUUUUGGGCAGGCCUAUGGUUAAAGCUGACAGAAAGGCCAAGCAGGUUCAGUGGACCAACGUCUACCUGGAUGCACUGGAGCUUGGACUGGUGAUCACUGGAACUCUGCCUGUCUUCAACAAAACCAACACUGGCUCAAAGUUGGGCAGAAAGAAAUCUCAAAACCAGCUCAUCUUGGGUGUUAUGGCUAUUGAUGUCUCCCUGGACGAUAUCAAGCGACUCACACCGCGGUUUACUUUUGGACCAAAUGGUUACUAUUUUGCCAUUGACCCCAAUGGAUAUGUGCUGCUCCACCCUAAUCUCCAGCCACUGACUGCCAAGUUUCAUGAACCUGUAACACUGGACUUCCUUGAUGCAGAGAUGGAAAAUGAGAUCAAAGUGGAGAUGAGGAAAAACAUGAUUGAUGCUAAAAAAGGGAGUUACACAAUAUCUACAUUGGUGAAAUCCCAAGAUGAGCGCUACUUUGACGUAGGUCAGAGGACCUACACUUUUGCACCAGUAAAGGGGACAGAUUACAGCCUGGCCCUGGUCCUUCCUGACUACAGUUUGCAUUACAUCCGGGCCGCAAUUGGCGACACAAUCACCCAAGCAAAAUUUUCUGAAAGCCUGAUGGCAGACAAGUUUGAUGAAUAUGGCUAUACAUUCAUUGCACCAAGGGUGUACUGUAAGGACUUAAAGCCACCUGACAAGAACAAAAACAACACCGAGUUCCUCAUGGAGUUCAACAAUUACAUUGAUACAAAGACUCCAAACAACCCAAUGUGUAAUGUGGAGCUGGUGAACCGAUUGCUCUUGGAUGCAGGCAUCACUUCAGAUCUGAUCAAGAUUUGGAAAGAAAAUGAUAUGCAGCAUGGUGUCUUGGCCAGAUUUGUUGCCACCGAUGGAGGGAUUACACGGGUCUACCCCAAAAGUGCUGGCCAGAACUGGAAAGAAGAAGCAGAGACUUAUGAGUCAAGUUUCUACAAGAGAAGUUUGGAUAAUGAUCUGUACAUCUUCACUCCAACACCAUACAGCCAUAAUAUGACUGAAGACUCUAUCCUAGUGAGCAGAGCAGUAGACCUUGAAAUUGAUAAUAUCAUACUCAAACCAGCUGUGGUCGGCGUGACAUUGGACAUCAGUGCCUGGAUGGCGAACUUCAUCAACACCACACACAGAAUGAAUUGCAAUGAUGAGAUCUGUGGCUGUCAGCGAAAUGAUGCGUAUGUAGACUGUGUCAUUCUGGAUGACGGGGGCUUCCUGGUGAUGUCCAACAGAGAUGAAUAUAUUGAUCAGAUUGGGGAAUUCUUCGGUGUUAUUGACCCCAUCCUGAUGGUAAACCUGGUCAACGCUUCUCUUUUCACCUUUGAGAGGACCUAUGACUACCAGUCACUCUGUGACCCCAAGAAAGAGAGCAAGGCGGCUGCAGGCCUGCGAUCCGUCUACGUGCCUACAAUUGCAGAUAUUUUGAAUUUAGGAUGGUGGGCAACAGCUGCAGCCUGGUCGAUACUGCAGCAGUUACUGGUCAGCAUCACAUUCCCGAAUGUCCUGGAUGCAGCUGAAAUGGAUGAGGAACUGUCAGAUGCCAUGAGAAAAGAGGUCUGCAUCACACAGCAAACUCAAUACUACUUUGAGACCAGCCAGUUGUCUUUCAGAGGCACAGUCGACUGUGAAAACUGCUCCAGGCUCUACCAUGCUGAAAAGCUGCCCAAGACGAACCUGGUCUUUAUUAUUGCUGAUGCAAAACUCACCUGCUCAUCCUGUGACACCAAGCCAUUAAGACAGGAUGAACAGCCGUCUGAUGGUCCUAAUCCCUGUGUGACUGCUCAAAAUCCUCGGUACAGGAAAGGGCCUACAGUCUGUUUUGAUAACAAUGAACACGAGGAGGACCCUGACUGUGGCGGGGCGUCCGGACUGAGUCCCUCACUUUGGUUAAUGGUGGCCCUUCAGUUGGUACUGCUCUGGGUUCUGACUGGCUCCAGACAUCAUGCUGUCCCGUCAUGACCUCUGAACAAUCACAUCCUCUGAUCACACCCUCUCUCUCUUUCACCCUCCCUCUGUAUCUCCAACAUGGCAACCAGCAUGCAACGCUGCCACCGAAAUCACGAACGCCUGAAGAGAAGCUUAUAACAAACAAACAGAAACCC